AUGGCGAAACCAGGCGCUUCCAAGAAGAACAGACAACCCUCGGUUCACUCGAGAGCCGCAAGGCGCGCAACGGAUGUCGACAUCGACACUGACAAGUCUCUCAAGGAAGUCAAGGCCCCGGCCGCCGCGAGCGACUUCCGGCCGUCAGUCCUCAAUGCCCAACACAACUCUGGCGUAUCCAAGAAGACAAAGAAUCGCAAGGCGCAGAUGAGCGCCAAGGCAAAGGAGAGGAAAGAAAAAGCGGCGGACCGCGCAGAGGCCAUCAUGGGGCGGACCUCCACCAAGACCGAGAAGAGCAAGACCAAGGCCCGCAGGAUCCAGACGCGGAGCAAGCAGUGGGAGGACAUCAACAAGGCCUCCAUCGUGGCCAAGAAAUUCCCCGACGAGGAGGAUUUCGAGGUGGAGCAGAGGCAGAGCAGGGCCAUCGAAGUGGCUGCUGGCAAGGACUGGGAGACGGACGAGGAGAUGGACGGCGCCGACGACGAUGUCGCUGCACCUGCUGUCGCUAAUGCUGUGCCGGUGCUUCCAGCAAACGACGAUUCCGACGAGGAGAUUUUGUAG